AUGGCGGGGUUAUUGGAAGAGUCAAAUAGAUUUGAGAAAAGACUCCAGAAUUUCCAAGCAAUUCUCCCUGACGAGCUUAAAAAGAAGCACGAAACCUUCUCUGUGAAUCUACGAAGGGAAAAGCGAAAUGAGACCAGAGCUAAAAAGCGAUAUCUUAUAGAGAACUCUCAGCAGGUUGAUAUAUCUUCAGAAUUCAACUUUAAAGUGGAGCCUUUAGCAGAGCUUUACCCUGAAUUAAAUGGGGAUAAGUCUUUGAAGCAAAAAUUCGAGAUUUUGAAAUCAAUUUUUACCGAGAAUAAAAUUCAGAGUGAGAGCUUAAUGAUUUUGGAUAUGUUUAAACAUUGAAUUUCUUUAGAUCGAUUUUUCUUGCUCUUUCAUGAAAACCUGGAUGAAAAUUUUUUGAAGGUUUUAAUUGAGUAUGUAGAUUUUCAGAUUGGAGAACAGGCUGUGCAUGACUCGACUUGAAUUAUUUGUAAUAUCCUUUCUGGGCCAGCUGAAUUUACUGAAUGCUUUAUUAAGUUAGGGGGAUUAGAAAAAAUUUUGAAUGCGCUUUCAUUGAAAUCGAUGAUAGUAAGUGAACAUAUUUUUUGGGCACUGGCAAAUAUUGCAGGUGAUGAAAUGGAGUAUUCAAUUUUGUUAAUUAAAAAGGGAGUUAUUGGAGUUAUAUAUGAAUUUCUCAUUGAAGCAAAUAUAGAAAGUUUGGCAAUGCAAAAAGUUGCUUUAUGAUGCUUAAUCACUGUUAAUUAAGUAUAACUAAAAUUUAGCUUUUAAGAAACUUAAAACUUUACUAAAUUUUAUAGCAACCUGUUCAUUGAUUUUAACAUCGCUUAGUAUAUCCUCCUUUUGCUCGAGCUAUAUAAUUUUCAGCUUAUAUGUUUAUAUCUAUUGUAUUAAGAAUAUAGUAAAAUACUUUUUUAAAGUCAAAGAAUUACUAUGCCUCAAUUGCACGAUCCAAAACAGUAUAAUAAUAAAUAUUGGGAGGGUUAGUAAACAUUUCAAAUGCUUGGGCAGCUAUGCCUCCAACAGAACUCAGAAAAUUGCUGAUUAUUUUACGUACAAUGAUCUCUAUAGAGAGCAAUGAGGUAAAAUGCUAUUGCUUAGAAGCUCUUUGCAAAAUUUCUCAUAAAGAAGAUUCAAAAGUACAGUUUGUUAUUGAUCAAGGCUUUAUUCCCUUCGUUUUGAGAAACUUAAAGUCCUCUGAAGAAUCCCUUCUUCAUUCAAGCAUCACUUUAAUUGGGAAUAUCUGUGCAGGUACACAUCUUCAAACGCAGAAAAUGCUUGACGAAAACAUAUUAGACCUGCUACUUCCUCUUUCAGACCAUCCUUCCUGAAAAAUAAGGAAAAAUAUUUUCUGGAUUAUAGGAAAUAUUUCAGGAGGCACAAGAGAGCAGUGCGAAAUGUUUCUUGAUCAUGAAUUUCUAAACGUAGCAAUAAGAGGUUUAUUAGAUUAUUCUUAUGAAGUUAGACUCUAUGCAUCCUAUAUUUUUACCAAUACAAUGCAUAAUACAGACGAAGCGGGGAAAAUGAAAAUUAUUGCUCACAACAUUUUCCUUGGGCUAGCUACAGCCCUUGCAGAUCCUAAUCAAGAAUAUUUGGUCAACAUAUUAGAAGUUUGCUAUUAUUUGCUAAAAGCAGGAGAGAAUUAUGAAGUAAACCCAAUCACUCAGCUUUUUGAUUAUUCUGGAUGUCUGGAUGCAAUAGAAAGAGCGCAAAAUCACAGCAAUGACAUAGUAUGCAAUGCAUGCCAGACAAUAAUUGAAAAUUUUUUUGGGGUAGAAGAAGUUAUUGAAGGCGACUUUUUAAGGAGCGCAAAAACAUUGAUAGAGUAA